ACGAUGUAGACCCCCAUCCAUAAUGCAAAUCACGCGCGCAUGGCCUCGGCGCAUUGAUGCAUGUGUUAUGUACCAUCUCGGAUUGGGUGUGACCAGCGCGGCGGCACUGUACGAAACGACGACUCACACGCAAACACAACGCUCGGGCCAUCAUCGCUUGAAAAUAUUCCAAUAAAUAACGCUCUCUAUAUAUGUGUUUUAAUAAUAAACAUAUAACGUUGACUGAUUAUAAACGUGUGGGGAGUUCAUGCUGUUGUGAGCAAGGUACCGUCGGAGGGAUUUUUCCUGUGUGUGUGUGAUUUUGGUUUUCUGUGACUGUGGAGACUGAUCUUCUAUUCUAAGAGACGACUGUGAGGAAAUUCUCUCUACACUAUGGCAGAAGGAGGAUGUUGCGAUUGUGCAUUAUGCCGUUGUCUGAGGCGAGUACCGUAUGGGACCUUAUUUGCCAUCUUGCUUCUAGCUGGUGGUUUGGCUCUACUGACCUACGAGACGCUAACUAUUCGAUAUGUUGCUCAAGAGAUGUUCCUUACAGCCCAAGUUAAUGUAAAUAGCGUUCUCUACGAAGGGACUGGAACUUUAUUCUGGGUGCUGAUCUCAGCUGUAGCCGUCAUGGGUCUAUUUGGGUUUCUACUCCUGGUCUUUGCGUGUCUCACUAGUGGACCAUCUGGCCAGAAUACAUGUGGACAAGAACGCACCAGAUGCAUUGGCAUGUGCAGCACCGAUAUUUUAAUCAUGGUCACCUAUGGAGUGUGUGCAAUCUGGAUCGCACUGACUGUGGUGCUUGCCAUGCCAUUUACAUUCAUGCUGAUGGUACGUUCAUACUGCAAGACUGUCACACCUAAGUCAUGUAUCGAUCUCUCUCAUUAUGGUUUGACAGCUAGAGUUGCGAAGACUUCCGCUAGCAGCAAUGCUACCGACCUGAGUGUCUGCGGAGCGAGUCUGACGGGCUUUUGCGACAAGAAUGGCUCUAUUUGGCUGUCGUCUUUCCUCGCCAUGACUGCAUGUAUCCUCAUUGUCAUUGCCUUGAUUCACUUCUUGAUGGCCCUGUCCGCCAACCACACAUACCAGAAGAUGCUGUCCGGUGACCAACCCACUCGCACCAAGUACGGCAACGACUACCGCCGAGCUUACGGCGAUGCCGACAUACCCCUCCAAGAACCCCUCAACAUUCACGACGAAAGCACACGAUUUUGAAGUGAGGCUUGGAGACAAAGAAUUGACGUGGUUCGCAUGGCAACUGUCUCGUCUGGAUCUGACAACUAUUAGAAAAAGAUACCUGGGUUCAAUUAAAGUCAAGGUACCAGACUGAAGUAAAAGGGGAAAUGUGUGUGAAUGAAAUUUAAGUGAGUUAUUGAUCAACGGGUUUUUAGACACUGAGCUCUGAAGUCAAAACUUUUAUGGUGGGGUAGUUUUGAUGGACGUGAUGCCGUGAAGUUUAAACUGUCAUGACAAGACGAAUUGCCCAAAACCAUCGCAUCUAAGCCUUAUAAAGAUCCUUGAUCUACUCCUUCAUUUAGUAGUUUUGACGAGUUUUUCUCAAUUUUGAGAGAAACGGUCAAACAUUGUCGUUCAAUUUUUGGAGAUGUAGUCUGGUCGACAUAGGUAUCAUAGUAAAGAGUAGGAUUUAGUUGUACACAGAAUGGUUAGUCAGUUAGAUUUGAUACUAAAGGUAAACAUGCCAUGUCAAAUUUUGGUCUCCAAACAAAAAUAAACAUCACUGAAAACAUCACAAGUGAAAAAAAAAACAAAAAAACGCCACGGCAUUAGCGAAAAAGAAAAAAUGCACAAGAGCUUUCAGUUUAUAAUUAUAAUUGAUUAAUGUUGUGUGUAGUUAUAUUGGAAUAUAUGUAUAUUGGACUACUGUGUAUGUUUGGACAUAUGUCGCAAAAAAAAA